UUCGCCACUAGUGACCUCUACAAUUGGAAAGCUCAGAAUCCUAAGUUUUCCGAGAAACCGGCAGGGCUUAUUGAUUUAUUAGACUCUGUUCUUUUUACCCAUCAGCCCACGUGGGACAAUUGCCAGCAGCUUUUGCAGGUCCUGUUCACGACUGAGGAAAGAGAAAGAAUCCUCAAUGAGGCCCGAAAAUUAGUUCCGGGCGCAGACGGGAAUCCCACCACCAACCAGGCUCAGAUAGAUGCCUCCUUCCCCUUAACUCGGCCCCAGUGGGAUUUCAACACGGCAGAAGGUAAGGAGAGGCUCCGGGUCUACCGCCAGACUCUAAUGGGGGGUCUCCGAAUGGCUGCUAGAAAGCCAACCAAUUUGGCCAAGGUAGGAAAUGUACAACAGGGAAAAGAUGAAUCUCUGGCUGCCUUUUUAGAACGGAUCAGGGAGGCAUUCUGUAUCUACACCCCCAUGGAUCCAGAGGCUCCGGAAAGCAAGGCAGCUAUUAUCAUGGCCUUUGUAAACCAAUCGGCCAUAGACAUUAAGAAAAUACAGAAAAUAGAUAGACUAGGAGAAAGAAGUCUGCAGGACUUACUGGUGGUAGCCGAAAAGGUAUAUAAUACCCGGGAUCCUCCUGAGGACAAGCAGGCUCGCGCCCUGGCGGCUGCCAGCAGUAAGCAGACUCCAGACCUGGCCAGAAUACUACUAGCUAUCAUUGCUGACUUUCCCGAGGAACGAGACCGCCGUCUCCGGCAGCUGGCAGACGACGCAAGGAAAGGUGAAGGAACCACCAAGGGGGGGAUGCAGAGGCUGCAGAAGGAUCAGUGCGCAUACUGCAAGGAGAUAGGGCAUUGGGCCCGAGAUUGUCCGAAAAGGGCCGGCGGGAAGGGAAGCAAGACUGAUCGAGUAAAAGUCCUAGAGCUAGAUGAACUAAGUGAUUAGGGGAGUCGGGGUUCGGACCCUCUCCCCGAACCCAGGGUAACUCUUAAAGUGGAGGGGACCCCUGUUGACUUCCUUGUCGACACCGGAGCACAACAUUCGGUCCUCUGCACCCCACAAGGAAAACUAGCCAGCAAGAAGUCCUGGGUACAAGGGGCAACUGGUAUGAGCCAGUAUUCAUGGACUACCCGAAGAACAGUAGAUUUGGGGACGGGACGGGUAUCCCACUCCUUUAUGGUAAUACCAGAAUGCCCUACUGUUAGGACGGGACUUACCAAGAUUGGAGCUCAGAUAACUUUCAGACAAGGGGGGCCUCAGGUCACCGAUGGCAAGGGCCACCCCAUCCAGGUCCUGACCAUGAAACUGGAGGAUGAAUACCGC